CCUACCCCGAUAUUUUUUUCCCAUUCUCCUUCUAGUCUCUUUCUCUUCCCUUCGCCCUAGCCACCACUCCCAUAACCACCAUCGUCCUUAGCUCUGACCACCUAACCACCUUCCUCACAACCCCUUUUCUUUGAGCCAAGCUCCAAAUCUCAGGCACCUGUGAACCCAACCCCCAAACCAUGUGACCCCAGGUGCGAGCCCACCUCUGCGUGCCUUCGACCUAGUGCGACAUCCAUUCGCGGGCCACCACCAGGCACAAUUCUGCACCCGUUCUGCUGUAGAGCCCCGAGUGUGCACCAAGCGAGGACCUAAAUUCCACAAGCCCAGGCGCGAUUCUGCACUCGUUCAGGUGUAGAGCCCCGUUUCUAAUGUUCCAGAGAAAAUAAUCAUCUUAUAACUCUUCGAAGAGGGGAAGGAAUGCAUAGUUGUUGGAACCUUGUACAACCACAUGAAACUCAAACCUUCAAUUCUUGAGGAGUACUCUAAGGAGGUUCAUGUUUUGAUUUGCUCAGACCACAAGACAUUGGGACCUUCUCUAUUCUGCUCAUGGUGGUGGACUAGAUUGAAAUUGUUAUCUCUUCUCUUGAUCAGGAUAAUUGGCCUUCUGUGAUAUUUGCAAUGGAAAGAGGGGUGGUACUUAGCCUUGGAAAUCUCUCAACUCAGUAUGCUUGGGCUUUUGUUGGCUUAUCAGUCACAGAAGUGAUCACUGCAAGUAUAACAGUUGUUAUAGGAAUAACCUUGAAUUACUUUUUAGACAAUAGAAUUAAUAGAGCCGAGAUCCUUUUUCCUAGCAUUGGCUGCUUCUUGGUUGCAGUUUUCCUUGCUUCUGUUGUCCACUCAUCUAAUGCAGUUGAUAAUAAAGGAAAGCUUGAAGGUUUUUCAUCUAAAGAAGGAGGCUGGGCCUUAAUGGCCGGUCUGCUCUGCCGGUUUGGCAAUGGUCUCCAAUUCAUGGGAGGCCAAGCUGCAGGGUAUGCUGCAGCAGAUGCUGUUCAGGCACUUCCACUAGUAAGCACUUUCUGGGGAAUUCUUUUGUUUGGAGAAUACAGAAAAUCAUCAAGAAGAACAUAUAUAUUGCUAAUUCAACAAGUGAACUGCAAAAGAAAAUCUUAUUUGGAAGGCUUUGGUGUGCUGACAUUUGGAAGAUCAUGAAUUCCUACCUUUACUUUUGAAUAUGCAACUAUUUAAGACUAUUUUGUUGACUAUUGUGAGAAUAUUUUGUUUAUGUUACUUAGGCAGUGUUGAAUAUCUUAAGACUUUUGGAUUGUUUUUUAAGAUAAUCAUGAAUGUAUUUUGACACAAUAUUUUGGUUAUAUGUGUUAUGAACCAUAUAAUUGGUACUCAAAUAUAUUUGUAUAAUGUUAAGGGUGUUUUAAGUAUAUUAAAUGAAGCGGGUUUGAAU